CCCCGGCGGUCCCCAAUGCCCAGCAGUCUCGGGUUCCCCUUCUCCACUCCAACGGGGUGUUCGCGUAGCUGGGGCGGCCCCAGGGGCGGGCCGAGCUCCGCCGAGAGCAGCCGGGAGCGGCCGCACGCUGAGCCCCGGUGUCCCGCAGCGGCCAUGCAGCUCCUGCCUCUGCUCGCCUGGGCUCUGCUGCCAGGCUGCGCGGCAGUGACGGGGCCGGGCACUGUCAGGGGAUUCCUGGGGGAUUCCCUGUCGGUCACCUGCACGUACCACCCGGACUGGGAGAAGUUCCCGAAAUUCUGGUGCAUACCUAGUAGAAAGUUCAUUUUUACCUGUGAUAAGGACAUCGUCAUCACCUCGGAGUCGCAGCCCGAGGUGCGGCAGGGCCGUUUCUCCAUCCGGGACGACCGCACGCACCGGGCAUUCACGGUGACAGUGGAUGGUCUGUCCGAGGAGGACGCGGGCACCUUCCGCUGUGGGGUGCGAACGAGAGCAUUUUUGUCUGAUAGGAGUGCUGAUGUGGACGUGAUCGUGCUCUCAGCUCCUUCCACCCACCCGUCAUCGACCUACGUGACCACCACGUCCUCUGGUCUCAAUCUCUCUGGAACAGGCCACACACAGACAAUUUCCCAGGGGGAAAUUUUGCAAUCAACAUCAAAUCCCUCCACCCCUCAACUCUUGGACGUGGUUGAGCACAUCCUCACUCCAGCCACCAUUGUGGUCCUUUUUUUGCUUGCAGUGGCUGCUGGUGUUCUAGUAAUACUCUCUAGGAAGAAGAAGGCCACAUCCAUGCUUCAUCCAGCCUGUUCCGGAGCAGCCAUAGAGAUGGACAGGACUUGCAGCAUGUCACAUACAGGAACAGAAGCCUUGAACUAUGCGGACAUUGACCAUGGCCCGGGCACGGCUGAGAGCCAGUACAGCAGUGCUGAGGCUUUCCACCGCCUGGAAACACUCCCAGUGGAGUACAUCGAGGUCAGACAGAGGGCUCAGCAUUUGGAAGAGGAAAGAGAGGCGUUAUAUGCCAGAGUGCAGAAGCCCAUGCUGCAGCAGGAGCAGAUCUAUGCCAACAUGCCGUCAGCUCCACGUCCCAGCGAAGAGCUCUACAGCACGGUGUGGGGUAGAUGAGCCCCAUGGGCUGCUCCUGCUGCUGGCAGCACCAAUGAGACUUGCACAGAGGACAUGGGGUUGAUGUUCUGCUCAGGCAGGAGCCAGCUCGAUAGGAGAGCUGUUGCUCUCUGAGACUUGGAUGUUUCUUUGAGGCAACAUCAGAGAGGAUGAGGUUGUGUGGAGGCACGGAGAGGGUUGAAGAUAAAGUCUUGCCUUUGCAAAUGCAA